GGGCCAUCCCAGACUCAGGCUGCUACCAGAACCCAACAGCACUCCUAGCACACUGGGUACCCAGCACUGGGCAGAUCUAUUCCCUGAGCUGAAAAUGGACAGUGGCAAGAAUUUGCUCUUGGCUGCUUUGAUGUCAGUGCUGCUACUCCACCUGUGCAGCAAGUCAGAAGCAGCAAGCAGCUUUGACUGCUGCCUUCGGUAUACAGAACGCAUCCUUCAUCCCAGAUUUAUCGUGGGCUUCACGCAGCAGCUGUCCAAUGACGCUUGUGAUAUCAAUGCAAUCAUCUUUUACACAAAGAAAAAAUUCGCUGUGUGCGCAGAUCCAAAGAAGAACUGGGUGAAACAGGCUGUGCAUAUCCUCAGCCAAAGAGUCAAGAAGAUGUAAAAACUGAUGCUCUCUGCGAAGGAAUUGGACAGAGCCCAAGAACAAAAGAAUCUAGCUGGAGUUGGCAGUUGAGAGUUCAGCACUUACCUGAUUUGUGCCUCGUUGGACCUGUCCAAUUGAUGAAGUUGAUACAUAUUGCAUCAUAGUUUGCUUUGUUAAGCAUCACAUUAGAGUCAAACUCUAUUUUAUGUUAUUUAUAUCUAUGGUUUUUUUGUGUGUGUGUUGCUAUUUAAUACUAAUUUCCUAUAAGCUAUUUGGUUUAGUACGAAUGUGUAGAGGAAUGAGGUUAUAUAGCCUUUCUUGUAAGCUGCAAGCUAUUUGUAAAAAAAACUAUUUAACGUUCUUCUGUCUACAUAGUUUUG